AUGGCUUUUGAAUAUGGUUUUGAACUUGGUAAGAUACAAAUAGUUCCAUUCCAAUGGUUUGACAUCUAUUCCACAGUUUACUCCUCUUGGGAAAUUCGGCCACGGUUCACGAUAAACUGUGGAGUGGCUUUCCGGAUCUCCUUCCACAUUUGUGUGAAGGGCGGGCCUUUCAUGCACUGCUGCUACAGGGAUACCAAGAUGGAAAUCCAGGGGCUUUCUCAUGCCCAAAAUAUUCACUAUCAACAUGGCGCCCCACGUAGAACAGGUUCGUCUCCGAUUAGGACAACGACAGGGGCAUGUUCUCUCUCCAUUUCGAACGAGAACGAAGCACAGGAGGAUUUGGAAUCGUACGAACUGCAAAGUGACAACAACAACCACAAUAGGCCAAGGACAUCUCCAUUUCGCCUACUGGCAGAAAAUGGCAGCGUUGGCCUGCCUGUCUGCAAGCAGAACGGUAAAAACAAUAGCCCACUUCAAACCCAAACAGCGAAUGUGGGACUCCGUGACAAGAAUACUUUGAAAGCGAGGGAACUGAACGCAAAACUACCUCCACACGAUAUUUUUAGGACUGGUUACAAAUACGAUAUUGAAAGUGGGGAUAACAUAUUGCAAAUGGCGUUGCCUUUCUUUGCGGGGGAAGAGGAACAAUAUCAGCAACAGCAGCUGCAACCUCCGGUUUUACGGCAGCAACAUGAAGACGGCGCCUUCCUGUUGCAGUCAUUGGCGAGCGAGGGCACGGCGGCCUGUGGGAGCAACAGCACCGCUAACGCUAAUAAAAACACCGAGGAAUAUUAUGUGGUUUUCAACAUUGUCCAAGAGGAUGGUAAUGACGCAGAUAAGGACAGACUGGGAAAUCCAUCUAAAGAUGGGGAUACGAUACGCGGUAAGAUGAAGCUUGAACAUUCCAAGAUCAAAACAUGUAAUUCGAUGGAGGUUCAAAGCACCAAUGCUCUUAUUGAAUCUGAUGACAAUUUGAACAAUUUAGCAGCAGAGGCCUUGAAAAGAACUGUUCAUUUGUGUAGUUUGUUAAAUUCCAGUUCAAAUAGUGAGGCAACUGUAACUAAUGAGAAACAGUCUGUGUGUUAUGAAACGGAGAAUGAAAACACUGCUUUGACAAACGAAUAUGGCGAGAACAUAUGUGGCCACCAAGUUUGCAUUGAAAACAUUGACAGUGACGCGCCUAACCAAAUAUCAUCUCAGACCGAAGCUCAAGAUAGCAGUGCCUUGAUUUCAGAAAACACUGAUAUGGUGGAAAUGAGCGACGCUAUGGACUUCAUUUCCGACGCUGGUAGGAGCCUAUCCGUGUCUGCCAAUGCAGAUGGGACCCCCAACAGUGCGUCUGCCAACGAGACCUUCUCUGGAACCAUCAUGAUAAACAACCAAAGCAUCAUAGUUACCAUAGAAAACGGGAUACUGACUCUAGCUGCACCUCCAGAGGGUUACACCCACAAAGACGACGGAAUGGUUGGCUUGAAGGAACACCUUGGAAUGAAAGACCACGAGGACAUAGUGCUUCUCAACUAUGACAGCGGGACCAAAUCCAUUGGGAAAAUAAGCAACGUGGCGGUUAUUCGGGCAGGUCACCACGAACAGUCUAGGCUGGGUUUGUCUGUGAGCGACUCCGAACUGGCUCUAGCUGACAACUGUUCACUGUCAGAGUUGGGUGCCUCUCUGGACAUGUGCCCAGUCAUCAAGCAGGAGAGCGGGACUCUGUGUGCCAUAAGCGAAGGUGACUUGGUUUCCCAGCGCCCAGAGGGUUCUUCUGUCGACUGUGACGACAACGGCGACUUCCAGCCUGUCAGUGUCAUCGGCGCUUCGGGACUCUCCAAGAAAGGUGCCUUGAUCACGACAUACCGCUGCCCCCAGCCAGGCUGCCCCAGCACCUUCGAAACGCGCCAAAAGCUCAAGAUGCACCUUCUUAACCACACCGAGGACCAGAGGCCCUUUAAGUGCCCUUUUGAGGGCUGUGGCUGGGCCUUCACCACCUCUUACAAGCUCAAACGACACCUGCAGUCCCACGACAAGGUGCGGCCUCACAAGUGCGAGUGGGAGGGAUGCGGCCGCUGUUUCACCACGGUCUACAACCUGAAGGCGCAUGUGAAGCAGCAUGACCAGGAGAACACCUUUGUGUGCGAGAUCUGCAGCGAGCGCUUCCGCAGCGCCACCCGGCUGACCAAUCACCAGCGGGCCCAUUUUGAGCCAGAGAGGCCGCACAAAUGCGAGUUUCCAGGUGAGGCAAAUGUAUUUUUAGUGUGGUUGAAUUUGACUAGUUUAUUUGUGUUAAUGGAAAAUACCACUCAAACUAUUUUGGUGUUUGUUUCAUUAGUCCACUCACUGUUGAUACAGUCCUAAAAUGUUUUGCAUGUCAGCGGUCAAGUUUUCUAGAUAUAGGGGAGACGAGCUGGGAAUGUUGGGAAGUCGGGCAUCUUUCUAGAGCUCCGCCUUUCUGAACUGAACACUGACAUCAUGAUUUGACCUUGUUUUUUUCAGAGUUACCAGUUGACUUGAAAGCACCAAGAGUGUCACUUGCCACAUCAUCAUGAUGAUUCAUUUUGCAUUAUCAAGGUGAUGUGGCAAGUGACGCUAUUGCUGCGUUAAAAAAAACUGGGAACUCUGAAAUUGUUGACUUCAGUGUGUUCAAGACAAAUGGGAACUCUGAAAAAAUAGUUUUGAACUGUCAUCCAACUCAGAAUUCCAAGUCAGAAACUCUGGCAGCUUUCUAGAGCUCUGACCUGACCUCGUUUCUUUCCUGAUUUUCCAGUUGAAAGUCCAUUAUCUUGAAAAAUUGACUACUGACUUACAAAAUAUUUUGGGGCUGUACUAAGUGGAAUAAUCAAAAAAUAUAAAUAAAGUAUGUAUAUGUGUGUAUACAUACAUACAGUACCAGUCAAAAGUUUGGACACACCAACUCAUUCAAGUGUUUUUCUUUAUUUUUACAAUUUUCUACAUUGUGGAAUAAUAGUGAAGACAUCAAAACUAUGAAAUAACACAUAUGGAAUCAUGUAGUAACCAAAAAAGUGUUAAACAAAUAAAAAUAUAUUUUAUAUUUGAGAUUCUUCAAAUAGCCACCCUUUGCUUUGAUGACAGCUUUGCACACUCUUGGCAUUCUCUCAAACAGCUUCACCUGGAAUGCUUUUCCAACAGUCUUGAAGGAGUUCCCACAUAUGCUGAGCACUUGUUGGCUGCUUUUCCUUCACUCUGCCGUCCGACUCAUCCCAAACCAGCUUAAUUGGGUUGAGGUCGGGGGAUUGUGGAGGCCAGGUCAUCUGAUGCAGCACUCCAUCACUCUCCUUCUUGGUAAAAUAGCCCUUACACAGCCUGGAGGUGUGUUGGGUCAUUGUCCUGUUGAAAAACCAGAUGGGAUGGCGUAUCACUGCAGAAUGCUGUGGUAGCCAUGCUGGUUAAGUGUGCCUUGAAUUCUAAAUAAAUCACAGACAGUGUCACCAGCAAAGCACCCCCACACCAUAACAUCACCUCCUCCAUGCUUUAUGGUGGGAACUACACAUGCAGAGAUCCUUCUUAAUGCGUUUGAGCCAAUCAGUUGUGUUGUGACAAGGUAGGGAUGGUAUACAGAAGAUAGCCCUAUUUGGUAAAAGACCAAGUCCAUAUUAUGGCAAGAACAGCUCAAAUAAGCAAAGAGAAACGACAGUCCAUCAUUACUUUAAGACAUGAAGGUCAGUCAAUCUGGAACAUUUCUAGAACUUUGGAAGUUUAUUCAAGUGCAGUUGCAAAAACCAUCAAGCGCUAUGAGGAAACUGGCUCUCAUGAGGACCACCACAGGAAAGGAAACCCCAGAUUUACCUCUGCUGCAGAGGAUAAGUUAAUUAGAGUUAACUGCACCUUAGAUUGCAGCCCAAAUAAAUGCUUCACAGUGUUCAAGUAACGGACACAUUUCAACGUCAACUGUUCAGAGGAGACUGUGUUAAUCAGGCCUUCAUGGUCGAAUUGCUGCAAAGAAACCACUACUAAAGGACACCAAUAAGAAGCGACUUGCUUGGGCCAAGAAACACGAGCAAUGGACAUUAGACCGGUGGAAAUCUGUCCUUUGGUCUGAUGAGUCCAAAUUUGAGAUUUUUGGUUCCAACAACCGUGUGUUUGUGAGACGCAGAGUAGGUGAACGGAUGAUCUCCGCAUGUGUGGUUCCCACCGUGAAGCAUGGAGGAGGAGGUGUGACGGUGUGGGGAUGCUUUGCUGGUGACACUGUUAGUGAUUUAUUUAGAAUUCAAGGCACACUUAACCAGCAUGGCUACCACAGCAUUCUGCAGUGAUACGCCAUCCCAUCUGGUUUGCGCUUAGUGGGACUAUCAUUUGUUUUUCAACAGGACAAUGACCCAAAACACACCUUCAGGCUGUGUAAGGGCUAUUUUACCAAGAAGGAGAGUGAUGGAGUGCUGCAUCAGAUGACCUGGCCUCCACAAUCACCUGACCUCAACCCAAUUGAGAUGGUUUGGGAUGAGUUGGACCGCAGAGUGAAGGAAAAGCAGCCAACAAGUGCUAAGCAUAUGUGGGAACUCCUUCAAGACUGUUGGAAAAGCAUUCCUCAUGAAGCUGGUUGAGAGAAUGCCAAGAGUGUACUAAGCUGUCAUCAAGGCAAAGGGUGGCUACUUUGAAGAAUCUCAAAUAUAUUUUGAUUUGUUUAACACUUUUGGUUACUACAUGAUUCCAUAUGUGUUAUUUCAUAGUUUCGAUGUCUUCACUAUUCUACAAUGUAGAAAAUAAUAGGUCAUUGACCACGUUUCCAUGCUCAAUUCUUUCGGAAUAAAUAGAUGUACAGAAUGAACUUUUUAUAUGCAUGUGUGUAUUCACUAUUCAUACUUAUUGUCAUUUGCCUUUCAUUGUCACAAAGAUUUAGUAGUCGCUUUUUUUCCUAUGUGUGUCUCUUACCUCAGGCUGUGAGAAGAGCUUCAUCACCUACAGUGCCCUGUUCUCCCACAACCGCACACACUUCCGCGAGACGGGCCUGUUCAUCUGCACCUACCCGGGCUGCGACAAGCGCUACGACAAGGCCUGCCGCAUCAAGAUCCACAUGCGCAGCCACACGGGUACGUCAUAAGGAUGGAUAUAUGUUUAUAUAACUUUUCAAGAGGUCUCCGGGCCAUUUACAUUGUCAGGAGGGAACUUGCGUCAUGUGUUGCAUCCACCUGAAAAUGUUCCAUACUACAUCAAUAGAUAUAUAUAUGGUAGUCCCUGUGUUUUUUUAUGUUAGUUGGCUAAACACUUUACACAAUCUAAAUGAAAACAACCACAGAUUCUUGUUGAUCCAAUGUGACUAACAGAACUGUCAACAUUGACAGUGAAAUAUAUGAUAUAGAUAUUAUCAAAAGAGACAAAAAUCCAUGUUAUGGUUGUUUGUUUCUUUCACCAGUAGUAGUUUCUCAGUCCUAGCCUAAGUCUCCCUUUCGGUUUCAGGCGAGAGGCCGUUCGUCUGCGACUCAGAGGCCUGUGGCUGGUCUUUCACCAGUAUGUCCAAGUUACUGAGGCACAAAAGGUACCUUGACGCUGUCCCUCACUCAACUGUCCAUCCCUCUGUUUAGGCAUUGUGUAUUGUGACAGUGUAGGUCCUGUGUUUUUAGUUUAGGGCCUCUCCCAACUGUCCUCCCAAUUAUUAAUCCUGUGUGAAAGUAUUGGAUUUAUCAUUUAGUCAGACUCUUGUCUAAUUGAUAAUAAAAAAAAAUAUAUAUAAAAAAAAAAAUAUAUAUAUAUAUAUAUAUAUAUAUAUAUAUAUAUAUAUAUAUAUAUAUAUAUAUACUGCUCAAAUAAAUUAAGGGAACACUAAAGUAACACAUCCUAGAUCUGAAUGAAUGAAAUAAUCUUAUUAAAUACUUUUUUCUUUACAUAGUUGAAUGUGCUGACAACAAAAUCACACAAAAAUUAUCAAUGGAAAUCAAAUUUAUCAACCCAUGGAGGGCUGGAUUUGGAGUCACCCUCAAAAUUAAAGUGGAAAACCACACUACAGGCUGAUCCAACUUUGAUGUAAUGUCCUUAAAACAAGUCAAAAUGAGGCUCAGUAGUGUGUGUGGCCUCCACGUGCCUGUAUGACCUCCCUACAAGGCCUGGGCAUGCUCCUGAUGAGGUGGCGGAUGGUCUCCUGAGGGAUCUCCUCCCAGACCUGGACUAAAGCAUCCGCCAACUCCUGGACAGUCUGUGGUGCAACGUGGCGUUGGUGGAUGGAGCGAGACAUGAUGUCCCAGAUGUGCUCAAUUGGAUUCAGGUCUGGGGAACGGGCGGGCCAGUCCAAAGCAUCAAUGCCUUCCUCUUGCAGGAACUACUGACACACUCCAGCCACAUGAGAUCUAGCAUUGUCUUGCAUUAGGAGGAACCCAGGGCCAUCCGCACCAGCAUAUGGUCUCACAAGGGGUCUGAGGAUCUCAUCUCGGUACCUAAUGGCAGUCAGACUACCUCUGGCGAGCACAUGGAGGGCUGUGCGGCCCCCCAAAGAAAUGCCACCCCACACCAUGACUGACCCACCGCCAAACCGGUCAUGCUGGAGGAUGUUGCAGGCAGCAGAACGUUCUCCACGGCGUCGCCAGACUCUGUCACGUCUGUCACAUGUGCUCAGUGUGAACCUCCUUUCAUCUGUGAAGAGCACAGGGCGCCAGUGGCGAAUUUGCCAAUCUUGGUGUUCUCUGGCAAAUGCCAAACGUCCUGCACAGUGUUGGGCUGUAAUCACAACCCACACCUGUGAACGUCGGGCCCUCAUACCACCCUCAUGGAGUCUGUUUCUGACCGUUUGAGCAGACACAUGCACAUUUGUGGCCUGCUGGAGGUCAUUUUGCAGGGCUCUGGCAGUGCUCCUCCUGCUCCUCCUUGCACAAAGGCGGAGGUAGCGGUCCUGCUGCUGGGUUGUUGCCCUCCUACGGCCUCCUCCACGUCUCCUGAUGUACUGGCCUGUCUCCUGGUAGCGCCUCCAUGCUCUGGACACUACGCUGACAGACACAGCAAACCUUCUUGCCACAGCUCGCAUUGAUGUGCCAUCCUGGAUGAGCUGCACUACCUGAGCCACUUGUGUGGGUUGUAGACUCCGUCUCAUGCUACCACUAGAGUGAAAGCACCGCCAGCAUUCAAAAGUGACCAAACCAUCAGCCAGGAAGCAUAGGAACUGAGAAGUGGUCUGUGGUCACCACCUGCAAAACCAGUCCUUCAUUGGGGGUGUCUUGCUAAUUGCCUAUAAUUUCCACCUGUUGUCUAUUCCAUUUGCACAACAGCAUGUGACAUUUAUUGUCAAUCAGUGUUGCUUCCUAAGUGGACAGUUUGAUUUCACAGAAGUGUGAUUGACUUGGAGUUACAUUGUGUUGUUUAAGUGUUCCCUUUAUUUUUUUGAGCAGUGUGUGUGUGUAUAUAUAUAUAUAUAUAUAUAUAUAUAUACACACACACACACACAGUUGAAGUAGUAAGUUUACAUAAAGCCAAAUAAAUUUAAACUCAGUUUUUCACAAUUCCUGACAUUUAAUCCUAGUUAAAAUUCCCUGUUUUAGGUCAGUUAUUAUCAACACUUUAUUUUAAGAAUAUGAAAUGUCAGAAUAAUAGUAGAGUGAUUUAUUUCAGCUUUUAUUUAUUUCAUCACAUUCCCAGUCGGUCAGAAGUUUACAUACACUCAAUUAGUAUUUGGUAGCAUUGCCUUUUAAAUUGUUUAACUUAGGUCAAGCAUUUCGGGUAGCCUUCCACAAGCUUCCCACAAUAAGUUGGGUGAAUUUUGGCCCAUUCCUCCUCAGUGUAACUGAGUCAGGUUUGUAGGCCUCCUUGCUCGCACACGCUUUUUCAUUUCUGCCCACACAUUUUCUAUAGGAUUGAAGUCAGGGCUUUGUGAUGGCCACUCCAAUACCUUGACUUUGUUGUCCUUAGGCCAUUUUGCCACAACUUUGGAAGUAUGCUUGGGGUCAUUGUCCAUUUGGAAGACCCAUUUGCGACAAAGCUUUAACUUCCUGACUGAUGUCUUGAGAUGUUGCUUCAAUAAAUCCACAUAAAUUUCCUUCCUCGUGAUGCAUUACAUUUACAUUUUAGUCAUUUAGCAGACGCUGUUAUCCAGAGCGACUUACAGGGGCAAUUAGGGUUAAGUGCCUUAAGGGCACAUCGACAGAUUUGUCACCUAGUCGGCUCGGGGAUUAGAACCAGCGAACUUUCGGGUACUGGCACAACGCUCUUACCCACUAAGCUACCUGCCGCCAUCUAUUUUGUGAAGUGCACUAGUCCCUCCUGCAGCAAAGCACCCCCACAGCAUGAUACUGCUACCCCCGUGCUUCACGGUUGGGAUGGUGUUCUUCGUCUUGCAAGCACUCCCUUUUUCCUCCAAACAUAACAAUGGUCAUUAUGGCCAAACAGUUCUAUUUUUGUUUCAUCAGACCAGAGGACAUUUCUCCUAAAAGUACGAUCUUUGUCCCCGUAGUCUGGCUUUUUUAUGGCGGUUUUGUAGCAGCGGCUUCUUCCUUGCUGAGCGGCCUUUCAGGUUAUGUCGAUAUAGGACUCGUUUUGCUGUGGAUAUAGAUACUUUUGUACCUGUUCCCUCCAGCAUCUUCACAAGGUCCUUUGCUGUUGUUCUGGGAUUGAUUUUGCACUUUUCGCACCAAAGUACGUUCAUCUCUAGGAGACAGAACGCGUCUCCUUCCUGAGCGGUAUGAAGGCUGCGUGGUCCCAUGGUGUUUAUACUUGCAUACUAUUGUUUGUACAGAUGAACGUGGUACCUUCAGGCGUUUGGAAAUUGCUCCUAAGGAUGAACCAGACUUGUGGAGGUCUACAAUUUCUUUUCUAAGGUCUUGGCUGAUUUCUUUAGAUUUUCCCAUGAUGUCAAGUAAAGAGGCACUGAGUUUGAAGGUAGACCUUGAAAUACAUCCACAGGUACACCUCCAAUUGACUCAGAUAAUGUCAAUUAGCCUAUCAGAAGCUUCUAAUGCCAGACAUCAUUUUCUGGAAUUUUCCAAGCUGUUUAAAGGUACAGUCAACCUAGUGUAUGUAAACUUCUGACCCACUGGAAUUGUGAUACAGUGAAUUAUAAGUGAAAUAAUCUGUCUGUAAACAAUUGUUGGAAAAAUUACUUGUCAUGCACAAAGUAGAUGUCCUAACCGACUUGCCAAAACUAUAGUUUGUUAACAAGAAAUUUGUGGAGUGGUUGAAGAACGAGUUUUAAUGACUCCAACCUAAGUGUAUGUAAACUUCCGACUUCAACUGUAUAUGCUACCGUUCAAAAGUUUGGGGUCACUUAGAAAUGUCUUUUUUUUUCGAAAGAAAAGCAAUUUUUUUGUCCAUUAAAAUAACAUCAAAUUGAUCAGAAAUACAUUGUAUACCUUGUUCAUGUUGUAAAUGGCUAUUAUAGCUUAGGGAAACAGCUGUUUUUUUAUGAAAUAUCUACAUAGGUGUACAUAGGCCCAUUAUCAGCAACCAUCAGUCCUCUGUUCCAAUGGCGCGUUGUGUUUGCUAAUCCAAGUUUAUCAUUUUAAAAGGCUUAUUGAUCAUUAGAAAACCCUUUUGCAAUUAUGUUAGCACAGCUGAAAACUGUUGUGCUGAUUUUAAAGAAGCAAUAAAACUGGCCUUCUUGAGACUAGUUGAGUAUCUGGAGCAUCAGCAAUUGUGUGUUCGAUUACAGGCUCAAAAUGGCCAGAAACAAAGCACUUUCUUCUGAAACUCGUCAGUCUAGUCUUGUUCUGAGAAAUGAAGGCUAUUCCAUGUGAGAAAUUGCCAAGAAACGGAAGAUCUCGUACAACGCUGUGUACUACUCCCUUCACAGAACAGCGCAAACUGGCUCUAUCCAGAAUAGAGAGAGUGGGAGGCCCCGGUGCACAACUGAGCAAGAGGACAAAUACAUUAGUGUCUAGUUUGAGAGAUAGACGCCUCACAGGUCCUCAACUGGCAGCUUCAUUAAAUAGUACCCGCAAAACACCAGUCUCAACGUCAACAGUAAAGAGGCGACUCUGGGAUGCUGACCUUCUAGGCAGAGUUGCAAAGAAAAAGCCAUAUCUCAGACUGGCCAAUAUAAAGAAAAGAUGAAGAUUGGCAAAAGAACGCACACUGGACAGAGGAAGAUUGGAAAUAAAAAAAGUUAUGGACAGACAAAUCAAAAUUUGAGGUGUUCGGAUCACAAAGAAGAACAUUUGUGAGACGCAGACCAAAUGAAAAGAUGCUGGAGGAGUGCUUGAUGCCAUCUGUCAAGCAUGGUGGCGGCAAUGUGAUGGUCUGGGGGUGCUUUGGUGGUGGUAAAGUGGGAGAUUUGUACAGGGUAAAAGGGAUCUUGAAGAAGGAAGGCUAUCACUCCAUUUUGCAACGCCAUGCCAUACCCUGUGGACGGCACUUGAUUGGAGCCAAUUUCUUCUACAACAGGACAAUGACCCAAAGCACAGCUCCAAACUGCAAGAAAUAAUUAGGGAAGAAGCAGUCUGCUGGUAUUCUGUCUAUAAUGGAGUGGCCAGCACAGUCACCGGAUCUCAACACAGUCACCAGAUCUCAAACUAUUUGAGCUGUUGUGGGAGCUGCUUCACCGUAUGGUACGUAAGAAGUGUCCAUCAAGCCAAUCCAAUUUGUGGGAGGUGCUUCAGGAAGCAUGGGGUGAAAUCUUUUCCGAUUACAUCAACAAAUUGACAACUAGAAUGCCAAAGGUCUGCAAGGCUGUAAUUGCUGCAAAUGAAGGAUUCUUUGAUGAAAGCAAAGUUUGAAGGACACAAUUAUUAUUUCAAUUAAAAAUCAUUAUUUGUGACUUUGUCAAUGACUACAUUUCCUAUUCAUUUUGCUAUAUUUCCUAUUCAAACUCAUUUCAUGUAUGUUUUCAUGGAAAACAAAAAGUGACCCCAAACUUUUCUCUGGAUAAGAGCGUCUGCUAAAUGACUAAAAAUGUAAAUAUAUAUAUAUAUAUAUAUAUAUAUAUAUAUAUAUAUAUAUAUAUAUAUAUAUAUAUAUAUAUAUAUAUAUAUAUAUAUUAAUACACACACACACAAAACUCAGCAAAAAAAGAAACGUCCCUUUUUCAGGACCCUGUCUUUCAAAGAUUAUUUGUAAAAAUCCAAAUAACUUCACAGAUCUUCAUUGUAAAGGGUUUAUACACAGUUUCCCAUGCUUGUUCAAUGAACCAUAAACAAUUAAUGGACAUGCACCUGUGGAAUGGUCGUUAAGACACUAACAGCUUACAGACGGUAGGCAAUUAAGGUCACAGUUAUGAAAACUUAAGACACUAAAGAGGCCUUUCUACUGACUCUGAAAAACACCAAAAGAAAGAUCCCCAGGGUCCCUGCUCAUCUGCGUGAAUGUGCCUUAGGCAUGCUGCAAGGAGGCAUGAGGACCGCAGAUGUGGCCAGGGCAAUAAAUUGUAAUGUCCGUACUGUGAGACGCCUAAGACGGCGCUACAGGGAGACAGGACGGACAGCUGAUCGUCCUCGCAGUGGCAGACCACGUGUAACAACACCUGUACAGGACCGGUACAUCCAAACAUCACACCUGUGGGACAGGUACAGGAUGGCAACAACUGCCGAGUUACACCAGAACCGCACAAUCCCUCCAUCAGUGCUCAGACUGUCUGCAAUAGGCUGAGAGAGGCUGGACUGAGGGCUUGUAGGCCUGUUAUAAGGCAGGUCCUCACCAGACAUCACCGGCAACAACAUCGCCUAUGGGCACAAACCCACCGUCGCUGGACUAGACAGGACUGGCAAAAAGUGCUCUUCACUGACAAGUCACGGUUUUGUCUCACCAGGGGUCAUGGUCGGAUUCACGUUUAUCGUUGAAGGAAUAAGCGUUACACCGAGGCCUGUACUCUGGAGCGGGAUCGAUUUGGAGGUGGAGGGUCCGUCAUGGUCUGGGGCGGUGUGUCACAGCAUCAUCAGACUGAGCUUGUUGUCAUUGCAGGCAAUCUCAACGCUGUGCGUUACAAGGAAGACAUCCUCAUCCCUCAUGUGGUACCCUUCCUGCAGGCUCAUCCUGACAUGACCCUCCAGCAUGACAAUGCUACCAGCCAUACUGCUCGUUCUGUGCAUGAUUUCCUGCAAGAUAGGAAUGUCAGUGUUCUGCCAUGGCCAGCGAAGAGCCUGGAUCUCAAUCCCAUUGAGCACGUCUGGGAUCUGUUGGAUCGGAGGGUGAGUGCUAGGCCCAUUCCCCCCAGAAAUGUCUGGGAACUUGCAGGUUCCUUGGUGGAAGAGUGGGGUAACAUCUCACAGCAAGAACUGGCAAAUAUGGUGCAGUCCAUGAGGAGGAGAUGCACUGCAGUACUUAAUGCAGCUGGUGGCCACACCAGAUACUGACUGUUACUUUUGUUCAGGGACACAUUAUUCAAUUUCUGUUAGUCACAUGUCUGUGGAACUUGUUCAGUUUGUCUGUUGUUGAAUCUUGUUAUGUUCAUACAAAUAUUUACACACGUUAAGUUUGCUGAAAAUAAAUGCAGUUGACAGUGAGAGGACAUUUAUUUUUUUGCUGAGUUUAUAGAGAGAGAGAGGGAACAAAAAUAUAAACGCAACAUGCAACAAUUUCAUAGAUUUUACUGAGUUACAGUUCAGAUAAGGAAAUCAAUCAAUUGAAAUAAAUUCAUUAGGCCCUAAUGUAUGGAUUUCACAUGACUGGGCAGGGGUGCAGCCAUGGGUACAGCCAUGGGUGGGCCUGGGAGGGCAUAGACCCACCCACUGGGCAGCCAGGCCCAGCCAAUCAGAAUUAGUUUUUCCCCACAAAAGGGCUUUAUCACAGACCGAAAUACCCCUCAGCCCCCCCCCCCCCCCCCCCCCCCCCCCCCCCCAGACGAUCCCACAGAUAAAGAAGCCGGAUGUGGAUGUCCUGGGCUGACAUGGUUACAAGUGGUCUGCGGUUGUGAGGCCGGUUGGACUUACUGCCAAAUUCUCUAAAACAACGGUGGAGGCGGCUUAUGGUAGAGAAAUUAAUAUUAAAUUCUCUGACAACAGCUCUGGUGGACAUUCCUGCAGUCAGCUUGCCAUCAAAACUUGAGACUUCUGUGGCAUGGUGUUGUGACAAAACUGUACAUUUUAAAGUGGCCUUUUAUUGUCCCCAGCACAAGGUGCACCUGUGUAAUGAUCAUGCUGUUUAAUCAGUUUCUUGAUAUGCCACACCUGUCAGGUGGAUGGAUUAUCUUGGUAAAGGAGAAAUGCUCACUAACAGGGAUGUUAACAAAUUUGUUAACAAAAUGUUUGAGAAAUAACAUUUUUGUGCGUAUGGAAAAUUUCGGAGAUCUUUUUAUUUCAGCUCAUGAAACAUGGGACCAACACUUUACAUGUUGUGUUCAUAUUUUUGUUCAGUGUAGUAAAAUGGUCAUUUAUCAGACUCUUUUAUUCAAAGUAUCUCGCAAUUACAAAACACAACAAGUUUCAUGUGUCCCUUUCUGGAAUGCCAUCAAGCCCAUAUCUGAAACCCCGGAGGCAUGGGAGUAAGAAUUGUAUUCUAUUUGUAUAUGUAUUAAAAAUAAAUUGAACCUUGAACCACAUUGGCCCCCCCCCCCGACUGUGUUUUCAGGAAGCACGACGAUGACAGGCGCUUCACCUGCCCAGAGGAGGGCUGUGGCAAGUCCUUCACCCGGGCAGAGCACCUCAAGGGCCACAGCAUCACCCACCUGGGCACCAAGCCCUUUGAGUGCCACGUAGAUGGUAGGUGUCACUCAUUUGUGCCACUGUCACUUUUUUAAUAUGUCUGGUCAUUUUCUAGAUGUAGGGUUAAUUGAAACAUGCAUUUGCCCUAUUUACUGUGUUGUAGGCUGCAGUGCCAAGUUCUCAGCGCGGAGCAGUCUGUAUAUCCACUCGAAGAAACACAAGCAGGACGCUGGCAGCCUGAGGACGCGUUGCCCCGUGGCCAACUGCAGCAAGCACUUCUCCUCCUGCAGUAGCCUGAAGAGCCACAUGCUCAAACACCACCACCUCAACCCCGGUAAGGAACACACACGCACGCUGUUCCUCAAGAAAGACAUGCUCAAACACCCCCACUGCCUGUGUAAUGACUUUGUGUCUGUCUCCUCCAAUCAGACGUGCUGAGCCAGCUGGAGGCCACUCCCACCCUGACCCCCAGCAGCGAGCUUGUCAGCGCCGCCACCACCACGGGAACCGUCCCAGGGGUCACCGGGGGCGACCAGCUGGCCCACCUGGACCUCAGCUCUCUGUUCUCUGCUGUGCCCGGGGGUCCCUCGCCCACCAUCCACGGGGUCGGGGUGCCUGUAGGCGCCUUCGCCAUGGACCUGUCACUGGUCAGCUCAGGAAUCCUCACCAUCAACCCGGCCUCGGUUGGCUCAGCCCUGUGCACGUCCGGGCAUGGCGCCACCGUGGCCAAAGCUUCCUUGGACCCGCUCAUCCUGGCGGCCGGGGAAGACAUGGUCGGGGGAGCCCUCCCUCCUCGGGGUACCCUCAACCUGGACAACGUGCAGAAGGUCACCCCCGAGGCCCUAGGCUCACUCACAGUCCUCACCAUGCAGGCUGCUAGCUCCUCCGCGGACCACCACACCCUCAGCUCCUCCAGCGCCCUGUCCACCGAGCCCUCCCCCUCAAACCUGGCUGUCCCCCCCGGGCCCGAGCUCCUCUCGUCCCACUCUAAGGUGGCUGAGGCUGGAGGGAGCAGGGGUGUCGGCAGGCCUCUGCUGGGCUGUGUGGAGGUGCUGGGGCAGCAGGAGGGGGGCAAGGUGCUGACCCAGUGUGUGUUCCCGGGCCAUGACGGUGGCAGCUCGUUCAGCCUGCAGAAGGAGUCCGAGCUCAGCCACAGCUCAGCCGUCUUACCCUACUCCUUCCUGGUGAGUGGCUCGUUAACUAACACUCUGGUGAGUGGCUCGCUAACUAACGCUCUGGUGAGUGGCUCGCUAACUAACGCUCUGGUGAGUGGGCUCGCUAACUGACGCUGUGGUGAGUGACUCGCUAACUGACACUGUGGUGAGUGGCUCACUAACUAACGCUCUGGUGAGUGGCUCACUAACUAACGCUCUGGUGAGUGGCUCACUAACUAACGCUCUGGUGAGUGGCUCGCUAACUAAUGCUCUGGUGAGUGGCUCGCUAACUAACGCUCUGGUGAGUGGCUCGCUAACUAAUGAUCUGGUGAGUGGCUCGCUAACUAAUGCUCUGGUGAGUGGCUCGCUAACUAAUGCUCUGGUGAGUGGCUCGCUAACUAAUGCUCUGGUGAGUGGCUCGCUAACUGACGCUCUGAUUACAAGUUCCCCUUCAAAGCACUGAUGAGUGGAUUAAAUAGAACAGUAUCAUAUUUAAUCUCUAUCGAUCUGUUUUUGGAAUGUGCAGACUCACUAGUAUACUCUUAUUUGAAGUUGCUCUUUAUAACCACAGAUCUCGAGUCAGAUCUCCCUACCACAAACCCAUUUGACAUCAAUCCAUUUAAGGUCUGACAUCCGUUGAGAUGAGAUGUUAUUGUUAUGUGUCCUCGUUUGGAGUCACGGCAGUUAUUUUAUGCGUCCCAUUUUUCCCUUUCUGUCUUGUAGGAGAGUAGUGGUUCAGCGCGGACCGACUACAGAGCCAUCCAGCUGGCCAAGAAGAGGAAACGGAGAGGACCCUCCGUCUGCUCAGGUACAUUAUAACACUCAACUCCGUCAUGGGUCUGCUCAGGUACAUUAUAACACUCAACUCCGUCAUGGGUCUGCUCAGGUAUAUUAUAACACUCAACUCCGUCAUGGGUCUGCUCAGGUACAUUAUAACACUCAACUCCGUCAUGGGUCUGCUCAGGUACAUUAUAACACUCAACUCCGUCAUCUGUCUGCUCAGGUACAUUAUAACACUCAACUCCAUCAUCUGUCUGCUCAGGUACAUUAUAACACUCAACUGCGUCAUGGGUCUGCUCAGGUACAUUAUAACACUCAACUCCGUCAUCUGUCUGCUCAGGUACAUUAUAACACUCAACUCCGUCAUCUGUCUGCUCAGGUACAUUAUAACACUCAACUCCGUCAUGGGUCUGCUCAGGUACAUUAUAACACUCAACUCCGUCAUCUGUCUGCUCAGGUAUAUUAUAACACUCAACUCCGUCAUGGGUCUGCUCAGGUACAUUAUAACACUCAACUCCGUCAUCUGUCUGCUCAGGUACAUUAUAACACUCAACUGCGUCAUGGGUCUGCUCAGGUACAUUAUAACACUCAACUCCGUCAUGGGUCAGCUCAGGUACAUUAUAACACUCAACUCCGUCAUGGGUCUGCUCAGGUACAUUAUAACACUCAACUCCGUCAUCUGUCUGCUCAGGUACAUUAUAACACUCAACUGCGUCAUGGGUCUGCUCAGAUACAUUAUAACACACAACUCCGUCAUGGGUCUGCUCAGGUACAUUAUAACACUCAACUCCGUCAUGGGUCUGCUCAGGUACAUUAUAACAACUCCGUCAUGGGUCUGCUCAGGUACAUUAUAACUCUCACUCAACUCCGUCAUGGGUCUAGAAUAGAACAGGAACAAUUUCCUUGGUGGCUGCUUAUUGAGCAAUGUCCUGGCUAGCAUUUGUUUUGGAGCAGUGCAUGUGGAAACUCAUUGAACCAGCUGGUGGUGCAUUCAAAAGCUGUUUUGUUGUCAUUGUCUUCACAGCAAGCUCAGGAUUGGGCCAGAGGAAGAGUAAAGGCGGGAAGGCCAGCAGCACUUCGGCGCCAACGGUUCCCACAAGUGCCCGUUUUGGUGAAGGUUCUGCAGCAGCCAAUGGGGGGCUGACUAUCCGUGACCCUGUCACAGGGGCCCAGUAUGUUCAGAUUCAGCUCCUGCAGGUGAGAAGGUUCUCUAACAGAAACACUUAGAAUGCUGUUAAAAAAAACUCUUUCAAAAUUUCUUUCUAUAAUGCACAGAGCAGAAUGCCAAGGUGAAGGCAUGUAUUACAGGCCUAAAUAAGAGUGUGUCCGCUGGCAGGGGCCACCUGGCUAUAUGGAGAAGGUGCUUUUGUAUCCACGCAUCUGACCUUUCUAUCCUUUUGAAUGUAAUGUGAUGAAUGGAUUCAUAUAAAGUAUUUGUCUGUGUCAGGAUGACCCGGCCAGCGAAGGGGACCUAGCCUUUCAGCUGAGCUCCCAGCCUUCCAGCUCCCACUCCCAGCUGACCGUGGACCUGCCAGUCAACAUCCUACAGGUGAGUACUCCCCAUGAGAUCAUAAAGUCAUUUCUUAGGACCGUUUCUUAUACAGAAUGUAGAAAAUCUAGACACUGGUAUGGUGCUGGAAAUGAUGAAUAUGAGGUUUAAAGUGGUGAAGAGUCUCUUUUUAACUGGACAAAACAAACUGUCCAAACAGUCCUGUGUAGCUCAGUUGGUGCAACGCAGGGUUGUGGGUUCGAUUCCCACGGUGGGCCAGUAUGAAAAUGUAUGCACUCACUACCUGUAAGUCGCUCUGGAUAAGAGCGUCUGCUAAAAUGACUAAAAUGUAAAAAAAAAUAAUAUGUAGUCAGAUAGGUAGUGAGCUGCCAGUUUGAGUGAAAACCACUGCAAUCCUGAAAUGGAGAUGUUUUACAACUAAAGAUGGAAGGGAUUUAGGCAAAACUUUUACUUAGGUCUGUAUUUGAAUGUCAGCGAUUGAGGUGUGUUUGCCUGUACUGUAAUUGUAGAAAUGAGAAAUAAAUUAGUAAUUUCUGUCUGCCUUUCCUCAGGAACCUCCUGCUAUGACGGAGGACGACAACGGCUCGGACAACUCCCAGUUCACAGGAAGCACCAUCAACCUGCAGGACCUGGAGUGAGGAGGAGAGAGAUGAGAAAGUUCUGUACAUCUGGGAUGUGGAUGAAGUGGAACCCAGAACCAAAUGCACCUUGGGAAGAAUUGAAUGAUAAAUGAAAUGAAAGUUUAAAUUUGUGGAAUUUUUUCCACUCACUUUUUCCUGUAUUUCUGAAAUCCUGUUUGUACCACAAUCAUGUCUUUUAAAGAGAGACUGUCGUUUUGCACAUCCAUUAGAUCCCUCGUGCUUCUAGUCAAACUGUGACGUCUUGUCGGUCUCAGCUACGGUGCCACGUUCUGAAUACUCAUACACAGUGUGCUGUUGUCAGAGCUUCUGUCUACAAUGCCUUACAGACAUGACGUACUGUACUCGCAUCCAUUUAGCAUACGCUUUCUGUUUGUUAGACUUUUAUGAAGUUUUUACUUUUUGGUGGUGGGUGGGGUCAGAUGUAUUUUUCUACAGCUGUGUCUUAUGAGCUAUGUAGGAAUGAGACACGUGUGCGUUCCAUGUUCAAAACGUUGCCGGUCCACUUGUUUAUAAUAUCUGUAAUGCUUAUCUAUAUGUGACGACUUCCAUCUAGUUAUUGUUUAUAAUAUCUGUAAUGCUUAUCUAUAUGUGACGACUUCAAUCUAGUUAUUGAUUAGCCUUGUUUUACAAAAUACUCAAUCCAAUUGCCAGGAAUUUAAAUAAAGGAUUGAAGCACAAUUCAACAUUUUAUUUUGUACAAUAAGCAUAUUUUUGUGUUAUGGACUAAUGCAGAUUUCUAUCUGG